GGCCGACAACCGCGAAGGGAACAAGUAUACUGUGUGUAGUAUUUUUAAUGAGGAUGUCCUCUUGCUCGUAGUCGACAGGUGGAUCGAAUCGUGUAGUGCGGGAGGAAAACAUCCCACCCCUUGUUCUCGUGGGUGAUUUUUUAUUCCUCCAAAUCUCCGAAUGAAGUAGAGUUACUUGGCCCGCUCCUCCUCGUCGCGUGAGCUCUCAAGAGAGAGGACACAUUGGUUUUUGUCACACUCGUCGCAUCGUCUGUAUCAAUGCAAGGAAACAAAAUGGCACAGAUAAAAAAAUUUGUAGUCGCACUCCUGACUUUACUUUCCAUUAGUCUGAUGUGCAGUCAAACUUAUGGACUUGCUGUCAUGAGUGUCGAUCUUGGUAGUGAGUGGAUGAAAGUAGCUAUUGUCAUGCCUGGCGUGCCUAUGGAAAUAGCUUUAAACAAAGAGUCAAAGAGGAAAACACCUGCGAUAAUUUCAUACCACAACGAACGAACAUUUGGUGAAGAUGCUCAGGCUGUUGGAACUCGUUUUCCAAAAGACUGUUUUUCUUACAUACUCGACUUGGUAGGCAAGUCAAUCGACAAUCCCGUAGUUCAGUUAUUCCAAAAACGUUUCCCGUAUUACAAUGUCGAGGCCGAUCCCGAGCGCAACACAAUAAUCUUCAGGAUCGACGAGAAGACCACCUACUCCCCGGAAGAGCUGAUAGCGCAGCUCCUGGGCAAAGCUAAAGAGUUUGCUGAGAGAGCAGCCAACCAGGUGAUCAAAGAGGCCGUAAUCGUCGUUCCGGGUUUUUUCAACCAAGCCGAACGCCAUGCCAUCCUCCAAGCAGCCCAUCUUGCCAACAUUAAAGCCCUGCAGCUCUUCAACGACUACUCGGCUGUUGCCCUCAACUACGGCAUUUUCAAUCGCAAGCUGAUCAACGACACCGCUAGUUACGUCAUGUUUUACGAUAUGGGUGCAAGUAGUACCACCGCCACUCUUGUCAGCUACCAGAACGUCAAGACCAAGGAGCGUGGCUUUGUCGAGAUUCAUCCACAAGUGAGCAUUCUUGGCGUUGGCUACGACCGAACUCUUGGAGGUUUGGAAAUGACCCUGAGACUCCGUGACUAUUUGGCCAAGGAAUUCGAUGCCAUGAAAAAGACGUCGAAAUCCGUUUUUGAUGACCCAAGAGCUUAUGCCAAGCUGUUUAAGGAGGCAGAAAGGUUAAAGACCGUGCUGAGCGCCAAUUCCGAUCAUUACGCACAAAUCGAGGGUCUUUUGGACAAAAAAGAUUUCAAGCUGCUCGUAACAAGAGAGAAAUUCGAAGAGUUGUGUGCUGAUCUGUUUGAGCGCGUUGCCAAGCCCGUGGAGAUAGCUUUAAAAACGUCGGGAUUGACUUUGGACUCGAUUUCUCAAGUUGUACUUGUUGGGGCUGGCACUCGGGUUCCAAAAGUUCAAGAAAAGCUGACAGAGUAUGUUAAAACUGAGUUGGCAAAAAAUAUUAAUACCGACGAGGCUGCUGCUAUUGGAGCUGCGUACAAAGCUGCUGAUCUCAGCAAAGGUUUUAAAGUACAAAAGUUCAUUACUAAAGAUGCUGUUCUCUUUCCCAUUCAAAUUGUUUUCGACAGAGUGGCUGAAGACGGCGUUAAACAGGUUAAAAAAACGCUUUUUGAUAAAAUGAAUCCCUAUCCGCAAAAAAAAAUUAUUACUUUUAAUAAGCACAACCAAGACUUUACAUUUAAUGUCAAUUAUGCAAAACUCGAUCAUUUACCAGAAAAAGAAAUAGCUGUGAUUGGAAAUUUAAAUAUUUCUACGGUAUCUUUGAUCGGAGUCGCUGACGCUUUGGCAAAACACAGCAACGAAGGAGCUGAGAGCAAGGGUAUCAAAGCCCAUUUUGCCAUGGAUGAAAGCGGAAUACUCAAUUUGAUUAAUACAGAACUGGUUUCUGAAAAAACAAUCAUUCCUAGUGCAGAAGAAGAAGGUGCUUUCUCAAAACUUGGUUCGACACUAAGCAAACUCUUUUCUGGAUCCGAUGAGACUGAGAAAAAAGAAACUGCCGAGAAAACUGAGGACACCCCUAAAGACGAUGUCAAGCCUAUUCAUGAGGAACCCGAUUAUCCUGGUCUAAAGAAAGAGGCUGAAGAACAAGCAAAGGCCAAUGAAACGAAGCCUAUUGAUGAAAAAGCCGAUAAUAAAACGGAAAAGGCAUCAAAGAAACCUACUACUGUUCUUCUAAAGGAGCCUAUUGAGUCCAAAGUUGAAAAGCUAGGACCACUAAUUUUGUCGGACGAGCAAUUCUCAGUUUCGAAGGAAAAACUCAAGGCUCUUGAUUUGUACGACCAGCAAAAAGCUGAGCGCGAAAAUGCCCUCAACAGUUUGGAAACAGCUAUCUUCAACGCACGUCAAAAUCUUGAAACCGAUGAUUACAAGGCUGCAACGACACCAGAAGAGUCCGAAAACAUCUUAAAGAUGUGUAAUAGCAUUUCCGAGUGGUUGGAAGAUGAAGGCUUUGACGCCUCCUCGGAAACGUACAUGGAAAAGCUCAAAAGUUUACAGCAAUUGACAAACGAUCUUUAUGAGCGAGUGUUCGAGCACAAAGAACGACCGGAAGCCCUAAAGGGAAUGGCAUCGAUGCUGAAUGGCAGCAGAAAUUUUUUGACCAACAUGCAAAGUCUCAACAUAUCUCAAGAGAUUUUCACUGAGGUUGAGAUUAAAACUUUGGAGACAGCCAUCAAUGAAACACAGGAAUUCUAUGAUACGGUAGUGACAAAGACGUCCGAAACAAAACUGCACCUGCCCGUCCCAUACAAAGUUCGCGACAUUGCUAACAAGAUGGCAAUGCUCGACCGUGAAGUGAAAUACCUCGUCAACAAAGCGAAAAUCUGGCGACCGAAAGUUGAUCCAGUGAAAAGUGCGAGCAACACCACCCAAAAUGUUGAAGAGGAAAAGUCCAACGACAAGGAGUCAAAGGAUGAUAAGAAAUCUGAUAAAAGUGAAAAAGAGGCUGAAUCCAAAAACGAAGAAGCUGAAACGAUGAAGCAGGAAGAGACUCUAGAGCUACCAGGAGCUAGUGACGAGGAGCCAACGAAACCUGAAAGUGCUACCUCUAAAGAUAAGCACUCAGAACUUUGAACACACCACAUGUUGAUGACAAAAUAAAACAGAUGUGAAUUUUUUUUAAGGAAAAAAACAAAAAAUGGACGAUCGCGAUUAUUGUCGAUCGAUUCGUCGUUUUAUUUUUGUGCGAGAUGAAAUUGCGAGUGCGUUCAUUGAGUGAAAAAGCAUCGUGUAAUAAGUGAAAUUUAUCACGCACAUUUUAUUGUGAAGUAUCACUAGCACAUUUUAAUUUUACGAUGAAGAUCAAGAAAAAAUUUUUUCUAUUUACAUAAUUGUGCAAUAAUGAAUUUAUUUUUUCUUUUUUUUUGUUAUACGUAAUAAUAGUUUAUGUAUAUACACAGUACACACAUUGAUGUUACCCACACAUUCUUUUAUCGAGCAUUUAUGUAAGGAUUUUCAAUUUUGAGCAAUUAUUGCCUUUCAAUAAUUUUUACUGCACACCAAUGUUUGUUUUACAUGAAUACAAAGAAUGGUAAUUGAUAUAAAUUUAGGUAAAUCUGAAGAACAGAGUCAAACACCAGUUUCAUCUACUUAGAUUCGUGUUUUGAUAGAUAAACAUAAGUUUGGGCAACGAGACUUCUACAGUGUGAUGUUGGAGAGCAUUUACUAGAGAUAUUUUACAUCGCGUAAUGGUCAUUUACAGGCAGGGAAAAUUAUCACGGCAUCUAAAAUAACUAUGGAUUUGCAAGAUAAAAAAGUGCAUUGUCAUAGAUUUUCAUACUGGAACUUAUUAAAUUUAAUAAAAGA